UACAAAAUAUUUCAAUAUUACAAAUUAAAAUGUUUAAUAACUAUAAUGUUCUAACAAACUAAAUACUAUAGUCUAUAAUUCUAUCACGGAAUAGAUUAAAUUAAUCUGUAUUUUUGUGGUUUUUAAAAACUGUCAUAUAUGAUUAUAUUUUUUUUAUCUAUGACGACGAUAUCUUUCAUAUCUACUAAAUGACUGACAUUUUUAAAGAUUUGAGUGAUAUUUGGGAUAGGCUGUUUAGCCACCGUCCGUUCUUACAAGGAGAAAUAAAGUAUUUUUUAUCAGAAUUUGAUAAAAAAUCAUAUAGAGCAGAUGAAGAAAAUCUAAACAAAAUCGGUGAACUUAUUAGUGAUUUAAAAGAUAAGAAAAUUGAAAGAUUUUUGCAGUCAAGUGGUGAAAAUUUAUUUUUAUUAAAUUCUGCCAUUAAUGAAGCUUUGAAUUUGAGUCAAGAAAUUUUAGAUCAAGAAAAUAAUAUAAUUUCAGAAGAAGACUUGAAAAUUAAAAAAGAAUUGCAUGAAAGACGUCAAAAAGAAUUGGAAACUUUUAAGUCCGAUCUGAAAACUAGAUAUGAAAGUAUAGAUAAUGAUAUUGAAGAUAAGGUAGAAGCAAUUAAAAUACAUUUUGAAGAAGAUUUAAAUAAACUUAUUGCUGAUAAUCAGUAAAAAAAAAAAAAAAAAUGGAUUAUAAAUUAAAAAUAAAAACUGAUCCCCAAUUGUUGGAUCUGUUUAAAAAAAUUAAAAAGUCUAAAGUUGAUAUUCCUACUCAUGUCAGCGAAUGUUUUUCUGUUAAAAUGUUAGACCUAGAAGC